CUCAUCGCUUCAAUAAUAGAAGGGCAUGGCUGGGGCUGCUACCACUAAUAUAUUGGCAUGAUGGUGGGGACGGGCCUCUUUCAGUAGUUUAGGUGGAGUUAUGUGCCCCCACAUCGCUUCAUCCUCUUCCUCUCCCCGUGCAGUCAUGGCGAGCAACUCGUAGACAAAGUCUAGCCCAGGCGACCCGGCCAUUAUGUGCUUUUUUAAUAGCUUGGAUGUGCGCCUGCGAUGACUACUAGAACUGCAUCCUGUCCCCAUCUGCUCCUCCACCCAACACCCUUCACCUCUCCCCGUUUCUCUUCUUCCUCUAUCCAUUCCCCAAGAAAGCUCUUUUGUGCCAUGUUGGUGCAAAGCUCUCUUGUCCGGUUCGAGCAAAGUGAGUGAUUGAGUGCUUGCCUUGGAGGAUCAGCUGCGGAGCAUAUAGUUGGUACAGCUUUAAUUAUUUUGCUUCUUCGUGGAUCGUAAUGACCGGGAGCUGCAGCAACGAGCCCGGCGCAUCCGAGGCGGACGAGGUCGGGGACGCAUCCGAGGCCAACGAUGGGAGGCCGGUGUCAGCUGGAUCGACCGACGACUCGCAGCCCGUCCGGUCUUCGGCUCCAUGUCCCAAGAGAUGCCGGCGGGCGGUGCAGAAGCGGGUGGUGACGAUGCCGAUCAGCGAGGCGAAGGGCGGCGGCGAGGGGGCUCCGCCACCGGAUUCGUGGACCUGGAGGAAGUACGGCCAGAAGCCUAUUAAAGGUUCACCUUAUCCCAGGGGUUACUACAGGUGCAGCAGCUCCAAGGGGUGCCCGGCGAGGAAGCAGGUGGAGCGGAGCCGCGUCGACCCAGCCGUGAUCGUGGUUACCUACUCCUUCGAGCACAACCACACCUGGCCGGUCCCCAGGAACCACCACCACAAGCACGCCGCGGCACGACCCGAGGAGCAGCUGGGCCAAUCCGGCACGCCGGACUCCGCGGAGCGCGACGAGAAAUUCUCCGAUCCGAUCGCAGAGGAGGAGUCGGCGCUCACGGUCGACGCGCGUGGCGGCUUCCCGUGGUUUGCCGACGUCUGCUUCACGCCCUCGGCCUCCCCCUCCGUCGAUAACUCCCACGAGCUGCUCUACGGGUCGGUCAUCUUCGCCGGGGCCGCGGCCGCGCUGCCCGAGGAACUGGAGGAGCAGGCCGCGGGGGGAGGCGGGGGGGGCGAGGAGGACUCGCUGUUCGCCGGGCUCGGAGAACUGCCGGAGUAUUCGGUGGUGCUCCGCCGGGGGCUGGUGCCGGCGUCGUGGCUGGGGACCACCGGGUGACGGUCACCCCCGCCGUCGAUCCGAUCGAGAAGAGCAGCCGUGCGGCGUACGAUUGGCGGAUCUUCCUUCCUUUGUAGUUAACGUACAUAGAUCGUCCUCUUCUUGAUUUCUUUUCCCCUUUUCCGGCUUCUUCCCUCUUUUUAUCUUUUUUACCUACACGUUGUUGGCUCCAAUAAUGAAUUCCUGUUAUACA